ACCCAAACUUCAAAGAGUCAGAUUAUUUCAAGCAAGUACGAUGGCUUCUUCUUCUUCUUCUUCUUCUUCUCAAAUAAAGUAUGAUGUUUUUCUUAGUUUCAGAGGUGAGGAUACUCGUGACGGUUUUACGAGCCACCUGCAUGCAGCUUUGUGUAGGGGAAAGAUUGAAACUUUCAUCGAUGAUGAACUUAAAAGAGGGGAUGGGAUUUCACCCUCUCUUUUGAAGGCAAUUGAAGGUUCAAAGAUUUCAAUUAUCGUUUUCUCUAAACGCUAUGCUUAUUCUAGAUGGUGUCUCGAAGAGCUUAUAAAGAUUCUCGAUUGCAAGAAAAUGAACGGUCAGAUUGUGAUUCCAGUUUUCUAUAAGAUAGAUCCAUCCCAUGUAAGGAAGCAAACUGGGACCUUUGGAAAUGCAUUUGUUGAGCAUCAAGUACGAUUUCGGGACAGACCAAAGAUGUUGCAGAGAUGGAGGAAUGCUUUGACGGAAGUAGCCGAUCUAUCUGGCUUUGAUUCAAAAGCCAUCAGGCCUGAAUCGAAACUUAUAGAGACAAUUAUUGAACACAUUUUGAAGAGAUUGAAUGAUAUGUCAUCUAGUGAUAACAAGAACUUGGUUGGAGUAGCAAUGAAGAUCCAGGACAUUAAAUCUUUAUUGUUUAAUGGGUCGAAUGAAGUAUGUAAGGUAGGAAUAUGGGGUAUGGGUGGUAUAGGCAAGACAACUCUUGCUGAUGCAAUCUUCAAUGAAAUCUCAAGUGAAUUUGAAGCUUCUCAUUUUAUUCGAAAUGUUAGGGAAGCAUCAAACAAAAAUCAACUAUGUCACUUGCAAAAAGAACUUCUUUCUACAAUAUUAGAGGAUGGACACCUCAACAUAGGGCUCACAUUCACAAAAGAAAGGCUUGGACGUAAAAGGGUUCUUAUUGUUUUCGAUGAUGUGACAGAUUUGAAACAAAUAAAAGAUUUAAUUGGAGAUCUUGAAAACCUGGGUUCUAGAAGUCGAAUCAUUAUAACAACGAGGGACAAACAAGUGCUUAAAAGUUGUGGAUUGAGUGAUUCUACCAUAUAUGAGGUUGAAGGAUUAUGUAGUGAUGAAUCUCUUCAACUUUUUAAACAAUAUGCCUUCAAACAAAACCAGGCAAUUGAUGAAGUUUAUAUGAAGUUGUGAAAUAGGGUAAUAGAUUAUACAAAAGGUUUGCCUUUAGCUCUUGAAGUCUUAGGUUGCUUUCUACUUGGUAGAGACAAAUUUGAAUGGGAAAGUGCACUAGAUGAAUUAAAAAAGUCUCCGAAUGAUGUUAUCCAAGCAGUGCUUAAGAUCAGUUAUGAUGGAUUAGGUAUUAGAGAAAAGGAUUUAUUUCUAGAUAUUGCAUGCUUCUUUAAAGGAUGGGAUAGAUAUCUAGUUGGUAGCCUCAAUUCGCAUAUUGGAAUAAGUGUUCUCAUUGAUAAAGCUCUUAUUACCAUUUCAUACAACACCAUAAGAGUGCAUGAUUUGAUUCAAGAAAUGGGUUGGGAAAUUGUUCGACAAGAGUCCGUUAAUAAACUUUGCCAACGUAGUCGAUUGUGGUAUCAUGAUGAUGUCUAUCAUGUACUUAAAAAAAAUCUGGGAACUGAUAAAAUAAGAGGUGUGCACUUUGAUAUGUUUCAAAUGAGAAACGUACACUUAAAUCCUCAUGCUUUUUCAAAGAUGGAUAAUCUAAGAUUAUUGAUAGUAGAUAAGCCAGUCUAUGUGGUCAAUAAGGUGUAUGGUUUUGAAGGCCUAGAAUUUGAUUUCACUGAGCUAACAUGCCUCUCUUGGGAUGCUUACCCUUGCACAUCAUUGCCAUUGAAAUUUUGUCCGGAGAACCUAGUUGUCCUUGAGAUGCAGCGGAGCAAUCUUAAACAACUUUGGACUGGUGUCAAGGAUCUUUCUCAUUUAAAAUACAUUGACCUGAGUUACUCAAAUCAUCUACUUAAAGUCCCAGAACUCUCAGAGGCUCCAAAUCUAGAGAGCCUGAUUUUAGAAGGUUGUACAAGCUUGUUUGAGAUCACUUCUCCAUCUCGGAAUCUCGAUAAACUUGUUAAGUUGAAUCUAAGACAUUGCAAAAGCCUUACCAGCCUUCCAAUUGGUAUUCAAUCAAAGUCUCUAAGAGAUGUAAUUCUCUCUGGCUGCUCUAAGCUCAACACUGCUCCAAGGAUCUCAUGUAAUAUGCAUCGAUUGUGUUUGGAUGGAACUGCAAUAAAAGAAUUUUCUUCUUCCAUCGAAAGUCCUUCUAGCCUAGUUGAAUUGAAUCUUAAGGACUGUUUAAGGCUUGAAAGUCUUCCCAGCAGUGUUUGUAAUUUGGAAUCUCUUCAUCACCUUACUCUUUCAGGUUUGUCAAAUCUAAAGUUUGUUUUAGGGAUCCCAUGCAAUAUAAAAGAGUUACAUUUAGAUGGAACUGCCAUAAAAGAAUUAUCUUCAUCAAUUGAGAAUGCAUCCAGUCUAGUAAGAUUGAAUCUUAAAGAUUGUUCAAGCCUUGAGAGUCUUCCAGACGGCAUUUGUAAAUUGAAGUCUUUAAGAUAUCUUUGCAUCUCUGGUUGUUCGAAACUUGCUAGAUUGCCUGAAGACAUAGGAAACUUAAAAAGCUUGGAAGUGCUAGAAGCUAAUGGAGUUACUAUAAGAGAAUUACCUUCGUCUAUUGGACGUUUGGAAAACCUUCAUGAUUUAUCUUUAGAGAGAUUGGAGAGAUGUAAUAGUCAAGAGCUGCUGUGUUCACUAUCCCGUGCUUUCUCAGGUUUGCUAUUUUUAAAGAGAUUAAGUUUGAAUCACUGCAAUCUCACAAAGUUACCUGAUAAUAUUGGCCAGUUGUCCUUACUUAGAGAUUUAGAAUUAGCUGGAAAUAGUUUUGAGAGCGUACCAACAAAUAUCGUGAACCUCUCUAACUUAUGGCUCCUUGACAUAAGGUUUUGUAUGAGGCUUCAAUCCUUACCAAAACUUCCUUGUAAGAUACUACAACUAAAGGCAGAGGGUUGCAAAUUGCUGAAAGCAUUAUCAAGUUUGAUAAUUCCAAAUCGUGGAUUGUACAACCGGAGAUUUAGCUUCAUCAACUGCCUAAAUCUGGAUUGGAAUGUUCUCAAAAACGUUUUGAAUGAUGCUUUAUCGGAAAUGUACUCUCUAUGGUUGGAAUUUAGAGAGUGUGGAGUUGGCCUUCCGGACGGUGUCAUGUGUUUCCCUGGAAGUGAAAUUUCAGAUUGGUUUAACAUUCAAAGUUGUGGAUCUUCUAUAGAGCUACCACAAGGUUCAUUCAAUCAUAAGUUUUUGGGUUUAGUCUUUUGUGCCUUUGUCGGAGUCCAAAAUUAUAAUCAUUCUUACAAAGGUGAUUAUCACAUGCAAAUUGAGUAUGAGUUGCAUUUGAAAUGCGAAGAUGGUUACAAUAGAGUUGCUAAAAAACAAUUUUCGGUUAAUGAACCCAAGAAUAUUGAGUCAGAUCACAUAUUCCUGGGGUAUAAUUGCAAUCAAUUUGAUUUCCGUGAAUUCCCUUGCAAUACGGAGGCCAUUAUCAAUUUCAGUUGCAAUAAGUUUUGUCUUCGUAAAAUUACUAAAGAUACGAAGGACAACAUCAAUUCCCAAGCCAAACUCUAUUUGAAGAAGUGUGGGAUCCGUUUAUUGUACACUCAGGAGUUUGAGGAACCUAUGAAAAGAUCCAGAUGUUCUGUCAUUGGCGAAGAGGAAGAGAAAGAGGAAGUACAGUCUGAGAGAUUGAAACCUUCAAAAUUCUUUAAAGGCGAAUCUGGCUCCAGGUCUGGGGUGCAUCUACUACCGCACAAGAAAGAAGGGGAAGAGUUCAGUCCAACUACAAAUGAACCCAUUAGCUUUACUCUUUUCGAUUUGGAUGAAUUCCCUGGAGAUUCUAUUGCAUCACCUAUUUCUAUUUCUGAUUCGGAUGAAGACAAUGAUGGAGAUUUUGUCAAAUCACAGCCCUUUACUUCUUUGGAUUUGGAUGAUUUCCCCCAAGAUUCUGUCAGUUCACCUAUUAUUAUUAUCUCUGAUUCGGAUAAAGACAAUGAUGGGUAA